AUGGCGCGUCGAAUCUCCUCUCUCGCCUGGCUGUCUCUCUUACUAGGUGCACUGAGCCGUGCCCUGCCCAGCUCGCAGACCCAAGGCGCCAUUGCAGACUAUCCCACAGCCACCCUGCGUACAAGCUAUCAAUCCGGCUCAAAAACCGUCUUCGUAGGCCGCUCCCUACCAGAGUUCGACCAGGAACUGUUCCUGGGCAUCAAGUAUGCAGACCAGCCAAUUCGAUUUACGCCGUCGAGCCUGAAGACAUCCUAUGCUGCCAACGACAGUAACUCUGGCCCUUAUGAUGCCUCUGGGACUGGCCUGGCUUUGUCCAAGGGCACGGUGCUGUACAAUGCCACGCAAUACGGGCACGAAUGUCCCGGCUACGGAUCGGACGAGACGAAGCUGGUCGACAUGGGGCUGAUCACCUUGCAUGAAGAUUGCCUGAAUCUCAAUAUCAUUCGCCCGACGCGGAAAUCGGACAACGAGGAAUUACUUCCGGUGAUGAUAUGGAUCUUUGGAGGUGGAUGGCAGCAGGGGGCUACUGCUGAUCCGAGAUAUAACAUGAGCUAUAUUCUUCGUCAAGGAGCUUUGAAUGGCAAGCCGGUGCUUGGCGUCUCGAUCAAUUAUCGGGUUGCUGCUUUUGGAUUCCUGGACUCGGAGGAAGUGAGGGCUACUGGCAAUAACAACCUAGGUCUACGAGAUCAACGGGUCGCUAUGCGAUGGGUCAAGGAGAAUAUCAAGGCGUUUGGGGGAGAUCCUGACAAGGUCACAAUCUGGGGGGAAUCUGCAGGAGCCUACAGCGUUGGAGCUCAUUUGGUUGCCAAUGGUGGUGACAAUGAGGGUCUAUUCCGCGCCGCUAUCAUGGAAUCCGGUAACGCUGUUGGACCCCCAUGGAACGGCACGGACUGGCAUCAGCCGAUGUACGACCGCAUCGUGAACAAGGCUGGUUGCUCUACGUCCUCGGACACACUCCAGUGUCUGCGAGAAGUCCCCUACCAGUCCUUGUACGACAUAGCGUACGAGGGCCUGGAAUGGUUCGCCGCCAUCGACGGUUCAUUUAUCAAAGAGUAUCCUCAGAUUAGCUAUACUGAAGGCAGACUGGCAAAAGUACCCAUCCUCCUUGGAUCCAACACAGAUGAAGGAACCAGCUUCGGUACUACAGGGACGAACACGGACGAAGAAUGCAUUAACCAACUCAUAUGUGGGUUUUUCUGUCGGCCAAGGCAACGACUAGUACUGACGAUGACAGCCUCAAAGCGCUGGGUCCUCACCCGUGAAGAAGCCACGCGCCUUCUGACGUACUACCCCAACGACCCUGCCCUGGGAUGUCCCUAUGGCUGGGGGAACGUCACUUGGCCGAAGCUGGGACUGAUGUACAAACGGUACGAAUCGAUGGCAGGCGAUCUGACUAUGGUGGCACCAAGGCGGCUGCUUGCGCAGACCAUGGCAAAGUACACAAAACAGGUCUACUCUUAUCGAUGGGACGUGCCGGCCUUGAACACAAGUAGCACCAUCGGUGUCGGACAUUUCGCAGAGAUCCCUUUUGUCUUUGCGAAUCCUGUGCAGAACAUUACACCGCUGGGAACUGAUCCCUCCCGUCUCGAACUGGGCAACAUGGCCGCUCGGAUGUGGACGUCCUUCGUGACGGACCUUAAUCCCAAUGGGCAUGGAGUACCGCGAAUCCCGCAAUGGCCCAAGUACACACCAGGAAAGAAGGCGUCGAACUUUGUCUUUCGGUUGCCCGCAAAUGGAAGCUAUGUGGAGCGGGAUGACUACCGCUUGGAUGGGAUGGAUUACAUUAAUAAUAUUGCACGAUAG